AUGGCUGUUCUCUCCUUUGCGCCCAUACAGUUCAUCUCCUCAACACCGCUCGCAACUCGAGUCUUCACCGCCGCAACCUUGGUUUUCACCGCCCUCUACUACUUCCUCUACUACUCGGCAAAUGAGACCUUCGUCGCGCCAUACCUUGUUCUUCUACCCGGAUCGAAGCGGCUAUGGGGUGCGGUGGAGACCGCAAAGUUCGUCGUCGUCACAAUCACUGUCUCAAAUAUCAUCGCUUUCGUGGUCAACUGGCUGGAGUACAUGGUACUUGGGUUCCCUGUAUUCCUGUACGGACAAGCAUACCAUGGGCAAAUGGCCCUUCAAGUCGGCAUCCUAGUCGCGUUCACGCAAAUUAUACCGGAGCAUCAGGUUCAAGUCAUGGGGUGUUUAAAGCACGGACCCUUCCAAUGGCAUACGUGA